CAGUUUAGUCUGAUCCAUUUGCCGUCCUUCCAUCGCCUCUCGAAACCCUAGCCGAGGGUUUUCGAUCUCCUCUCUACUUCCCCCUCCCUCUCUCCCUUAGAAACCCUAGGAAUUUCUCUUCUCGUCUCACCCCUUUCAACCCUAGCCUAGGGUUCUCCGUUUUCUUCUUUAUUUUUCUUGCAGAAGCCUCGAACCCUCUCCAAACCGUAAUCCACCAUCUCUGGACUUGAAGCCGUGCAGAAUGGGUGAAGCAAGGGAAAACGAUGCUUACGAGGAGGAGCUUCUUGACUACGAAGAGGACGAGGAGAAGGCCCCCGACGCCGUUGCGGCCAAGGCUAGUAAUGAGACUGCGAAGAAAGGAUAUGUUGGAAUUCAUAGUUCCGGAUUCAGAGACUUCCUAUUGAAGCCAGAGCUUCUUCGGGCUAUCGUAGAUUCAGGCUUUGAGCAUCCUUCUGAAGGUAAACACUACUUGCACAUUCUGAUUUUGGAGGAGAAUAUGGUAAACCUUUCCAUUAAAGGGCCCAGAAGGUUAUUUUUUACUUACUGGGGGUACCGCUCCAAUUUUGUUUGGUUCUCCAUCAGUACAACAUGAGUGUAUCCCUCAAGCUAUUUUGGGAAUGGAUGUCAUCUGUCAAGCAAAAUCUGGGAUGGGGAAGACUGCUGUAUUUGUUCUCUCAACACUUCAGCAAAUCGAGCCUGUUUCAGGCCAGGUUGCUGCACUUGUUUUGUGCCAUACGAGGGAGUUAGCUUACCAGAUUUGCCACGAGUUUGAGAGGUUCAGCACGUACUUGCCUGAUAUUAAAGUUGCUGUGUUCUAUGGAGGAGUUCACGUUGCAAAACACAAGGAUAUACUGAAGAAUGAGUGUCCUCACAUUGUAGUUGGGACACCAGGAAGAAUACUGGCACUCGCUAGGGAUAAAGAUCUUUCCUUGAAGAAUGUGAGGCAUUUUAUUCUUGAUGAAUGCGACAAGAUGCUUGAGUCACUUGACAUGCGGAGAGAUGUGCAGGAGAUUUUCAAAAUGACACCUCAUGAUAAGCAAGUCAUGAUGUUUUCAGCGACUCUCAGCAAGGAGAUCCGUCCUGUUUGCAAGAGAUUUAUGCAAGAUCCAAUGGAAAUAUAUGUGGACGAUGAGGCCAAACUUACCCUGCAUGGUUUAGUACAGCACUACAUCAAACUGAGCGAGUUGGAAAAGAACCGGAAGUUGAAUGAUCUUUUGGAUGCGCUGGACUUCAAUCAGGUUGUGAUCUUUGUCAAGAGUGUCAACAGAGCAGCAGAGCUGAACAAGUUGCUGGUAGAGUGCAAUUUUCCAUCAAUCUGCAUCCACUCUGGAAUGUCGCAGGAAGAGAGAUUGAUGAGGUACAAGGGCUUCAAAGAAGGGCACAAGAGAAUUCUCGUUGCUACUGAUUUGGUUGGCAGAGGGAUUGAUAUUGAGCGUGUCAACAUUGUAAUAAAUUAUGACAUGCCAGAUUCUGCUGACACAUACUUGCACAGGGUUGGCAGAGCUGGUCGAUUUGGAACAAAGGGACUUGCUAUUACAUUUGUCUCAUCUGCCUCUGACUCAGAUGUUCUUAAUCAGGUUCAAGAGAGGUUUGAGGUGGACAUAAAGGAGCUGCCAGAGCAAAUUGACACCUCCACAUACAUGCCAUCUUGAUGACGCUGGCAAGGUGCUUUGAUACACAAUAAAUCAGACUGAUACUUUGAUGAGCAUAUGGAUGAAUGUGGUGUAAAGGUUGGACUAUUUUGUUAGGCAGCGCCAGAUAUUAGUUUUGGUUGAUCUUUUGUGAGUGAUUGUACUUCACCGUUCCAACAGUAGUUUCUUAUGUGUAGAUUGAUGGUUAACUCCCUAUUACUAGAUCCAGUUUGUGGUAGAGGAUAUGUAUGUGAUAAUGCGUUAGGAUCUCCAUAAAUCAUUUGCUGUAGUAUUUAUGCUAUUUCUAUCUGUUUGAUUUGUCUCUGUUGUGCUA